AUGGCUGAAAUCAAUGAGAGAGCGUCGACGUCAUCGCCGCCGGUGCCGUCGACACCAGCGCCGGUUCCACACAUUCGACAACUCUCUGAAACGAUGAACGACAAGGUCGGACAGUUCUUCCAAUCGCAAAUUGAAGGCACAAUUGAAGAAUACAAGUUGCUCGAGAAUAUGAAUAAUGUUACUGCUCAACGGUAUGUUGAUAUGAAAGUGGUCGCUGAGAAGCUUGCCGAUAAGAUGGAGAAUCUCAACAAGAAAUACGAGUCACUUCAGCCGUAUCUCACACAAAUCGACGCAAUGGAUCAAAGCUCGAAGCGGAUGGAAGAAGCGACGAAUAUAUUGGAGAAUUAUGUUGCAUCUCUUGAAGCGAAAUUGGCCUCAAUUCAACAAUCAACCGCAUAA